AUGAACUUACUUAACUUCUUAAUAUGCGAUCAUCUACAUGUUUUUAACAAUUUAUCUGACCCUUAUAAGAUUUUAAUUUAUUAUAUAAAUUCAUAUAAUAUAUUUUUUAAAAGGUUUCUUGGAAAUAUAGAGGACUAAACAGAUUUAGAUGAGGAGUCGAUUAGGUAUAUGCUUGAGCAAUCUAGAUUGGAUGGAAUUUAAAGAUCAUUUAUUGAACUAGAUACUAAAUCUAAAAUACCUAAAUUUGCUUUGAUUGAUAUAUUUAGAGCUUAUGAUUCUAAUGGAUACUUUCAAAAAAUACCUUCAAGCAUGAACAGGAAUUUCAUGUUUUCGGCUAAUUAAACAUGCAAUUACAAUUCUCAAGUAUAUGACUCAAGGUGUAGAUCUUGGUAUGUGAAUUCGAAACAGUCUUUUGGAAUUAUUUUAGAUCCAUCGUAAAAGUAUAACACUACUGAAAUAAGUUAUUAUGGGACUGGGGUUUGUUCUUAAAUUUUAGAUAGAGAGAAAGGAUUUUUAGGUUCUGUGUGUGGAAGAUUAAAUUUAUAGUCAUUUAAUGAUAUCAUGUAUAAUGUUAGUACAGCAAACUCCAUCUUUUUUACAAUCCAUAAAGACACAAGAUAAGUAGCUCUCUUCUUUAAAAAUAAUCGUACAUUUACACAGUUUAAUAUAAAUGAUUAAAAUGAAAACCCUUAUUACUUUCUUGUUCCUUCAAAUAUCACAAUGCUCAUUUAAAAUUUAUAAUAAAACUAUUCUUCAUAUAAUUUUGCUUCAGAUCAAAAUUUGAUAGUUGUCCAGCUAGAUAAAGGCUAUACAGCAAUUGUUUCGCCAGUAACAAUAAUUGAUAAAAUAUAUUACACAAAUUAUAUUUCAAAUUUAACCUUAUAAGGCUAAAUUCCUUUGUCAGAUUAAUAUCGCUACUUUGAAGUUAAUACUCCUAAUACGCUUAACAAUCCUUUAUUUAUAUUUCAAGUUUUAAGCAAGGCAGACGUACUUAAGUCUUACAACAUUUUGACGGAUUUUAUUUAAAAAUUAUAAAUAACAUUUAUUAUCCUAAUAGUGAUUUCUUCAUUAGUAGGUACCAUUUUCAUCUACUUUUACUCUUGUAAAAUAUCCUAUCGACUGCAUUCGCCCAUAGACAAAUUUUUAAUUUUGUUUUCAUCUAUAAAGGCUUAAGAUUUGCUAUAUAUUGAAAUAUUUUAAGAAAGUGAAUCCAAAUCUUUGAAGGAUGCCGACCAUUCAUCAUAAAAUGGUUCUUCGUUUUCUUAUUACGGUUAGUAAAUGUUAGCUGAAGAAUCAGAUGAUUCACUUGAACACUUUCUAACAUCAAAAGAUACAAUAACCUUAUAUAAUUCGUUUAGAAGUAUGUUUUAAAUGGUACGCUAUUCUAAUUAUGAGUAUUACAAAAUAAAUUAUGGGAAAAGCUUACUUUAAUGGAUAAAAGCGUGCAGUUUUUUUAAGAAAUAAAAUGAUAAAAGAGCAAUAGGAAUUUGCUAUAUGAAUAUAGGAAACAUUCAUUUUAAUAGCGAAAGAUACUAGGAGGCUUUAGAAGCAUAUGAAUAAGCAAUUAUUAUGGCUAAUUAUGAAUUAGGAGUUUAUGAUGAAAUUGUAGAUAAAAUCCCUUAAUAGAAAGAACAGAAAGAAGAAAACUAAAAUAUUUUAUUAUAAAUUUAAAAAAAAGAAAUUAAAAAAUUAAAAUUUGAUAGAACUUGGUCAUAUUCAAAAGCGUUGUAAAUGUAUAGUUAGUAAAGUAGUAAUUCGUAAUGUUGGUAAGAUUAUAUAUAAGUGAUGAAAGGAUUACUGAAAACUGCUAAAAGACUAAAAUUGAAAAAUACCAUAAGGGCCAUACUCUAAAUUGAGUUAUCUAAAGGAAAGAUGAUGUUUAACUAAUUAAAGCAAGCUUAUAAAUUGAUAAUUAAAACAAGCUAACUUAUUAAGUAAAUAUAUGUAAGUUAAAAUAAUUAGUCUGCUACUAACUUACAUACACUUUCUAAUGGUUAUACUCCUAACAACAGAAAAUAAUCAGCAUAAUAUUCUGUACCAAAUAAUUAUAAAAGGCAAACUAGUUUGAAAAAUAUUAGUAAAUAAGGGCCUACAAAUUAAAUAAUGUAAAUCAAUGAAACAUCAUCUCAAAUUAUUCACUAAGCUAAUUAAGGAACAAAAUAAAUUAUGGAUAAUCGAUUUGUGAUAAGCAAGAAAAUAGUCAAAGUAAUUAGAGAAAAAAUCAUAAAUUUAAAAUCAAAAGCACUAUAAAAAGUUUCUACGAAACUAUUUAGUUCUAAAAAUUAAGAACAGCAGCAGCAGCAGCUAAGAAUACCAAAUAAGAAUAUUUCUUCAUAAAAUUUUUUAGCUCCACCUAAUUCUUAAUAUUCACAGAGUUAUUAGACCUCAUUAAAUGCUAAUCUUUAAACUAAAAAUUAAUUUAAUAAUAUGGUUGAAUAAGAUGAUAAAUUUAACAAGUUAUUACAAGGAUCAGCUAAGCAGAUUUAAAGUAGUGAACGUAUCAUAGAAAACGAAAAUAUUUUUAGUGAUUGUAGAAUAGCAAGGAAAAGUGGAAAUAGCUUCUUCGCUUAAGCUGUUGAACAAGAAAAUAUUAGUAAAUGUAAAUAAGAUGUCAACUAAAUAAGUCAACUCAAAUAAACUUCUAAUAACUCAAUAUCUUAAUUAUAAGGCGAUAUUACAAGCUUAGGAAAUGUAAAUACCUAUAAAAAUAAUUAAGAUUCGUUUAGAAAUUAAUAUUUAAGUUAGAGAGACACAUUACUUCAAGCACCUAGCUAAAACCAUUUACUACUUUCGACAGGGAGAAACGAUUUUUUUAAAAAUUAAUAAAUUUGCCAUGCAUAGUCAUUUGAAAAUAGGACGAGUAUUAUGUUCUAAAGAUAAUUUAAUGAAGAGACUAUCAAAAACAUUAACCAUGAUAAUACAUUAAAUUUAAAUCACACAAAUAAUUUCUAAAUUAAAUCUGAUUAAAUGUUAGUAGAGAAAGAUGUAUCUGCUUAAGAAGACUCAUUUCAAUAAAUUCCUUAAUAAAAUUAAAAUCAUCAAUAAAAUAGACAAACCAAGCAUAUUGACGAUUUUAAAGAACAGUCUGAAUACAAUCUAAUGAACAAUGAUUCUAUAAAUUAAUUCUACUAGUUAAUGAAGAGAGAUGAAUAUGAAUACAAUAUACCUUUAGACAUUCUUUAAAGUUUCGCUAUAAAUUAAGAAGCGUUAUUGCUGAUAAAAAAAGAAUAAUUUUAUGAUGCUGGAGAGAUAUUGACCUAAUUGUUUGAAGAUUAUCAAAUUUAUUUUCCAUACUUUCGCUAUUAAACAAUGGGGCUACUGGAAUAGUGCUUCUAAAGCUAAAAUAUAAUCUCAAAAGAAUUUGAAGAAUUAAAAAAGAUUUUAAAUUCGAAUAUUUAUUUUGAUGUGUCUAUAAUUAUAGACAUAUAUAGAAGAGAAUAAAUUGAAGUAGUUUAAGAACUCACAGAUAUUAUAUUUGAGGAUAUCACAUCCAGUAAAUUCGAUAAAAUUUCAGUUUCUAUAAUUACAGAAAUUUUAGAGUAAGUGUUGGCUCCUAUUAAUAAACAAUCUUUGAAUUUCAGCUAAAUUAGAUGGAUAAAACUUUAAUUAAAGCUAUUAAUUGAAGAUUAUCGAUAAGCAUUUCAUCAAAGACCUUCUCUUUUAUUUUCUAUUUUCAGUUUAAUUGAAUAAAUAAUUCCAUUUUAAUUUCUAUGCUAAAAUAAGUAAGUAUGUGAAAAAAUUGGUGAAUAAAAUGAUGCUCUUGUUUAUAAAAAAUUCAUUUUAUGCAUAACAGAGAUAGACUUAUGGGAAGAUUUGUAAAUUAAUGAGUUACUUAAAAAUAUUUUAAAUUAUUAUAACAUAGAACUCUUAAUAUUAGAUAUAAAUAGUGAUAAAAUAGAAAGGAUGAAUUUAUUUGAAAAAAAUAAUAAAUCUAUUAUUAAAUUAUUUAAAAAUGUAAUUCAUUUGUGUUCAUAUUUAUCAAAUAUGAGACUUUGUACCUAAUCGUAUGGAGUCCCACUUAUUGUUGAAAGGUUUUAAUCUGGGUUCUUAUUUUCAAGAGAAAUCAAAUCUCUUAAGAAAGUAGAAUCUUUUUUUCUAAUUCCUUUAUUACUUUAUAUUUAUUUUUCAUUAUUUAAAAUUAUUUUAAAAUUUUUUUUUUCAAGUUAUUAUUUUUAUCAAUUAAUAAGAAAAUUUUAAUAUAAAAUUCAAUACUUUAAAUUAAAUUUUAUUAAAAUAGUUAUUUAUGAUAUAAAAAAAAUUAUUAUGUUUAAAAUAUUCAAAAAUUUGAGAAAGAUUCUUAGAUAAAUAAUUUUGCUAUUAUUUAAUAUUUAAAUAAUUAAUUCAAUAUUAAUUCUACUUUUAGGUUUUAAUUUUUUAAAGAUUGCUAAUAAUAUAUCUCAUAAUAGCAACAAAAGUUAAAAGUUUAGCAUUUAAAAAUAAUUUCUGAUUUAUUACAAUUUUUACUCUAAUUCUUUACUUUAUUUAUGUUUAAUGAAUUUAAAUAACUUUUUUUGGAAUAUUAUUUGCUUGCAUACUUAAUUUAUUAUAAAUAGCUAAUUAGAAUAUCAAAAGAUUCAUAUCCAAUAAAUUAAAAUAUAAAAAUAAACUAUCAAAAAAAUAAAAAAUUCUUAAAUGAAUUUUUGA